GCCAAGUGUGUAGGUGCGCAGUGCCAACCCAUGCUCGACUAUGAAGAGGCAGUGCCUCUUGGGGCGAAGUCUUCCCUUCAAAACAUUUCUGUGUUGUGGAUCCUUCGUUGGGUUUUGUGAGGAGGGAGGCUCUCCUUGUACUUGGGGGGAGUUCCCGAUCAGCCUUUGCCUCGGGAGCCAUCUUGGGUCAGGAUGGGUUACUUAGCCUGCCCCGUCUGUGAGAGGGAAUCCCUGGCAGACGUGAGCGACCUCCAACAGCGAGUGGCAGCUGCUCUGAACAGGCCACUGUCAUGCCCUAUAUGCAGCGCGUCCGUCAGCGGCAUUCAGGCUUUCCACCACCACCUAGCAGCUCACUUGCCCGUCCAACACAAAUCCUUUUCUGACGCCUCUCCCUCUGUCUCAACGCCUGCCACCCCAUCGGGACUUGGUGUGCCUCCAUACCCAAUCACCAAUUCUCCUGAAGGGAUACCUACAUUGGAACACCUGGAGAUCAGUGACAACAGAGGUUCACCACGAAGCCCCUCGAGGCUCUCACUGUUGGGGAAAGAGGGAAUGAUCGAUCAGUCGUCUGGAAUUGCCAGUCACAGUGAACCACAAAGCCCCUCUACAGGUUCGCACCUUGCAUCUCACGACAAACUAAACCAGCCUCAUAACUGCGACCUGUGUGGUCUCAUCUUCUCGUCUGCCCAUUUUCUUAAAUUCCACAAGGACAUCAUUCACUCCAAGAGGGACUUCUUCGAUGUAACGUGCAAGUUAUGCAAAGAGAAGUUCAAGGAUUUCGAAGCCUAUCGCAAUCAUGUGCGGGAGAGUCACAGUGAUCGGAGGUACAUAUGUGACCAGUGUCCAAAGACCUUCAAGAUGAAAGGGAGUCUGCUGGUUCACCAGCGCAUGUUCCAUGACCCCUCCUCCCCUGGCACGUGUCAUUUGUGCAAAAAGACUUUUACCACUAAAGCCCGAAAAGAGCUCCACGAAAAAAGGUACCACGGGGUAGGGUUAGAACACGUACCAACAGGCAAGGUCUCUCCACCGUCUCCAUCCCAAAAGCACCAGAAAAUCAAGAAUUCUUCCUUAGGAGAUGCUAAAAGCUGGUUAGAGACACUCAUGAUUGAAACUAGACCUUCGGCGGAAGACGGCAAUCGAUACAGGGAAUUACAGGAGCAGCAGAGUGUGCAGUCUAUGUAUAAUUCUCAGCAAAUGACGCCCUAUUCAUCUCAGCAGCUCCAGAUGCAGCAGAAUCAGAUAAAUCAUCCAGAUGACCAAAUGGAAAACCAGUUUUCUGGUCCUUUGUGUCAUCAGCAGCAAAACGAGCAAAGGAAAGACAAGUCAACAAGAGACAUGCACACCCAAAUCUCACAUGAAUUACACACUCCACUAAAGACCCAGACUACAGACCCUGAUAGCCCACAGUUGCAAAAGUGGUCUCCUGACUUUCAGUCAUAUGCUACCUCCCAUGAAAAAGGAAAUCCUCCCAAGAACUCUCCAGACAUGUAUUAUCACCAGCAAAAAUUCGGCAUCAACUUACCUGGUCACGGAUCUCAAUCGCUGCAUGGACAGAAUUGCCCGAAAGCAGAAUUCAAGGAAUUUAAGCAAGAUAAGAAAUUUUCUGUACUUCAGCAUGGCAGCGAUUCGUCAGUGUGCCGACAAGUGAGUGGGAAUUACUCUCAGCAAAGUCCAGUGGCGAUAGUUUCACCUCAGCCUCAGAAAGCCGAGACGCCUCCUGCCGAUCACCAGAGCAGCAAUGGCACCCCUUGUCCCACUGAAGCUAGGCGAAAUAGCUUCCCACUCAUGAACAUCAACAAAACAGGAGUAUCUCACAGCGAAACACCCCGCUUGUACCCAACGCACUACGUCAGCGAGCUACCGCUUGCUUCCUCAGGUACUGGUGUUGUACCCUCUGGGCAGAACAUGAGUAUGCCCUCACAAGGUGAUAAGAUACACAACACUGUGGCAGUGCCUCAGCAGCUUGUCUACCAGAGCGUGAUCCCAGCCCUGAAUUCCAACAUUGGUCUCAUGGGUUCUGAAAACAAGCUCGGGGCGAAGGUUCCUCCGCUUCUGAUGUCGUCGAGCCCCCAACUCAUUCCCGUGGAAAAAGUGAAGGAGCCUCCCGACAGUCCCGUCCAGAUGAUGCAAGUCCAAGACGAGUCCUGCUCGUCGGAAAUGGUGAGCGACUGCGACGCUGCCGCCGAGAGUAAGGUUUCCACAGACGUACCUCAGGAGCCGAGGCCCGACGUUGGACCCAACCGGCGUCAGGGGCCGACUGGAAUAUCAGGAACGCUCACUUCGGCUGCCGUUUCUAGGAAGGAGAGCGCGGGCAAGAACGAUGCCAAGCAAUGGGAAUGCGAUGUUUGCAAGAAGUCCUUCACAACUAAAUACUUUCUCAAGAAACACAAGAGGCUGCACACAGGCGAGACGCCCUACGCAUGCGCGGAGUGCGGCAAGACCUUCACCUUCCAGCAGAGCUACCACAAGCACAUCCUGUACCACUCGGACGACAAACCUCACCAGUGCUCCUACUGCGGCAGAGCCUUCAAGGAGAUGUCCACGCUCCACAACCACGUUCGAAUCCACACCGGAGAAAAGCCUUUCGUCUGCGAGAACUGCGGAAAGGCCUUCCGUCAGCGGGUCUCCUACCUAGUACAUCAGCGGAUCCACACAGGCGUCAUGCCCUACACCUGCGACGCCUGCGGGAGGUCCUUCAGGUACAAGGUGAGUCUUCGGUCUCACAAGUGUGAGCCUGCCAUCUUGCCCCCAGCGGUAACCGCUGGCCCUGUGCACAGAAGUAGUAGCGACGGCUUAGGGGAGACCAGAGGGCAGCCGGGCACUACGGCAUCUCCGGUACCUUCAGCGACCAAUCCCGUCAUUCUUCUACCUCAGACAAGUGGAGCAAAUGCUGCGCCUUUAUUGAACGGGGCGACACCCAGUGGAGGAUGUUCGACAAAAACAGAGGAAACUGGAGACGCGCAAAUCCAGCAGAUGGCGUCGUCUACUGCUGCCGCUCCUGAGAACAACUUGAGGGACAAUGACGUCCCUUACGUCAACAACAAUCGUAACUCACCGCAUCCUCUGUCACGCCAUAAGCUUCCUCAACAGCAAAGACAACAGCAACAGCAACAGCAGCACCAAGACCUUUCGAAACAGAACCAAAACAUCGUUCCAGUAACGGGACGCCCCAAAGUACCUCUGGAAACCAUAGACAUUUCAGCCAUUUCCUGCGAGGGUUUGCCCGUUUCGCUGGACUCCAAGAAGUCGCCUCCGAGGCCUAACAGAAGCCCGUCUGACAAUGUGUCCCCCAGGCCGGGUGGUGUCAUUGGUGGGCAAGGGUUCCACGACCCGCUUUCCGUGGCCUUCUUACACGCCCUGGUUGACCCCCAGCAGGGUCGCGUUCCAGGAGACUGCCGUCCGCACGUCCAGCUGCCUCCUCAGGACGGGCUGCCUUUCCCAAGUCUGUCUCCGGGUGCCAUGGACACCGACUUAGACCACGACAACUUUCUUACUAAUCUCUUGAUGUGACGCAGAUGAGGCCGUGUCAUUAACAAGUGGAUGUUGUGAUAUCAAGGGUGUGUGUUUGUGUGUAGAUGUGAGGCAACGUUACGCUUUAUGUGACGAAUGAGUGUGAAUGCGAGAAGAGCGGUCCUGCAUGGUUUACUGAAACGUUGUUUUAAUUAUUAUUAUUUUCUUUUGUUUACUAAAUGUCAUCAUAGACAUUAACAAGGUACAAAUAGAUAAAGCUUUAUUUUUUAUUUCAUUUUAUGA